CUCCCCUCCCGCUCGUUCGUUCAGAUAGUGUGUGUGUGCGCGAUGUUGUAAGUGUAUGUGUAUGACUUCACAACAGCACUAACAUAGACCUGGUUCAUUGGAAAGUAGGUCACUAGUCCCGACUCACUUUCACUUGUUACAUGGACUCCUAAUCAUUUUCCAUUGUGGUCCUGUGCCGGCUGCACGGGUUUUCGACUGUACCGCUCGCUGCUGGUCAGUUCAGUUUGCGAUCUCAGGCAAGUCGGAGGUGUGACUGUCGAUUUCAUUUGUUCUAGUCGAGUGCGUGAGUGUGCCCCACAUUCUGGAUUAUAACUCUCUUUUGGUUUCGUUGGAUUAUUGCGCCAACUGGAUGUAACUGUGCUGUGGUUGUGUUCGCUAGGAUUUAACAUGACGGUCAGGUAGUGCAGGCUGACUAUAAAAUUUUGUUGUGACUAUCGUGUGAAAUGUUACUCGACAUGGAGAAUCAUUCUACGUUAUUGUCUCUCAACAUGUCUUCAUUCAGCGCGAAUUCGGGCGAUUCCCCGAUGGCUAAUCAGGCCUCCAGCCCCCAAUACGGCUCGCCUCCAAUUUCCGUCCCUUACAGUAGUUGCCAGCAAACCAUGAACAUGCAGCACCAUCAUCAGCAGUCGAUGAUGAUGUCCCAGUCCAUGAAUAACCUUGACACGUCUUAUUUGUUUUCCCCAGGAGCCAACACGCUGACCGGCAUCGACAUGGGGGCCAGUUACCAAAUUACCGGACCUACGACUUCCCUGGCCGGUUCCGGGGAUGGUUCGGAUACGAAGGAUGGCAUCGAGGAGUUGUGUCCUGUUUGCGGGGAUAAAGUAUCGGGAUACCAUUACGGACUUCUCACCUGUGAGUCCUGCAAAGGAUUUUUCAAACGAACCGUUCAAAAUAAAAAAGUAUACACGUGUGUGGCAGAAAGGAGUUGUCACAUUGACAAGACUCAAAGGAAAAGGUGCCCGUUUUGUAGGUUCCAGAAAUGCCUGGAAGUCGGGAUGAAACUGGAAGGUGAGUUUUUGUGUUUUUUUAGCAUGUCGUUAUUUUUCGACGGUAGGGGAGACUGAGGAUACCCACACUCA